AUGUCACAUCUCGUUGGUAACCAUGCAUACUCACAGGUCACGUGGUCUACAGACUAUAUCAGCUACGGCGUUCAGCUAGCAUUCACAGACUCCAGUUGGGGAGUGGAGCGUUACUCCGCCGCUGCCGUCCGCCUUCCUGACGGCACAUACGUGUACGUUGUUCCGUUCAGUGGCACGCUGGAUCUGCUUCCUAUGACGCUUCUUGACGAUUCAGUAAGCUGCACCUACUCAUACGAGCCCGACGGCGCCAAUCCGUUUCUUGUGAACAUGACCGUCUACAACCUGAACCGGAAGUACUGUGCUGCCGUCUGCCGGGAGAGGAACUACCCGCACGGUGCCCUCCAUAACGUUACAUGCGCGUGUCUAGCGGCAACUCCGACGUCUCCGUCAUUUGGAGAAUGCACCCAUCCGUGUGAGGGUGACGUCACAGAAACGUGUGGAGGAUUUAACCCCAUUGUCCUACCGUUCAAUUACGUCAACACGGAUGUAAAUACCAAAGUUUUUGAUGCACCAUUAUCAGACGGAACAUCGAUCACAGUUUCUGAAGCCAUAGAGGUAUCCUUUAUCGCCCGCCAAGUGAUUUACGGUUUCAACGUGAGUGUGACGUCACCGCUGGUUAGUGACGUCAGCGUAGAACUCGUGUUGCACUUCCGGAACGAGGCAUGUAACGGGACGAAUUUGUUGAAUAAAACACACCAAGAGACUUUCAUAAUUCCACCGAGCCCGGGUUUUUAUGACCUUCAGAUGGAGCCCAUAUUAGUACAGUGUCUAUACAUCAACGUGUACGAAACAGCUACUGGGAACCCACUCCCUAACACUCUGACUUUUACACCUUCCGUAUUAGAGGGUGGAUUCAUAACCGCAGAUUAUUUAGUUAUAGAAACCUCCUGGGAAAUAGCUUCAGGCGAGUUAUGCGAAUGCGAGUGCUGGGUGUACGAUCUGCUAUAUGGGGACUCGCCCUUUACAAACCUAUCCUACACUGAGAUCGAGAAAGCGCUUGAAAAUGUUACUAAACAGAUUGAGAAAGAAUUGUCCGUGAACCGCUCUGAGCUUUCCUCAACCAUCCGGAAGUUGACAAGCGCCGAGGAUAAUCGGACUUCCGCUGUUGCGGUUGGAUACACUCUUGGUGUUGCCAUGCUGACGUGCAUUUUUGGUGCAAUCAUUUUAGCGGACCUGCCGAGGAUAUAUGAAGGAUUUAAGACAUUGAGACACAAUCUCCGGUCCCGUUUUUACCCCGAGACAACAGUGAACAAUGUGAGCAUGGAGAGGAUACCCUCAUUGCCUCAGCCAGACGAUUAAGAGAAAUGAACCAUGUACCUGUUUUCCAAAAAAUGGACAAUAAAGAUGUUAAAUCUGCAAACCGAAGGACGAAAGCGAAACAUAAAAUUGAGAAUCUGAACAAAAACCUCAAAAUGACAGGAAAUAAAAGCACGAGUUGUGCGUUUUCCUUGAAACCUUAGACAACCAUCCUUAGACAAACACAAGAAGAAAGGCGUGGAUGCAAAACGU